AAGGCUCUGGGACGGUUGAGAAAGAGAGAAAUAAAGGAAAGAGCAUCACUCCGCUGUUUUUUAUUUCCCUUUUCUUUCCCUAUAUAUUUUGACACCAUUUGGAUUGAUUCCAUAUUUCGGCUACUUAGUUUUUCUUUUUUUAUAUGGGGAAUUCUUCUUGAAUGAGUUGUUGAGUGAUAAGGAGGGUUUAAGUGUCUCCCCUUUUUCCUUUCUUUUUCAAUCCCAGUCAUAUUCUUCUUAAUUGGUGUUUCAAACUCAGAAGCAGAAGAGAAAAAAAAAAUUUAAACAGAUACUAAAUGAUGAUUUAUUGUACAGACUGAACUUCCAUUUGGAACUGUCAGUCCUUAAUAUUUACAAAGGUUGUUGGAUUAAUUGGGAGCCCAGUUGGUUAAAUUGUUUGUUUAAGCUGUUGAAAUUGUCCACACUGAUACUUGUAUUGAUUUUUCCAACUCUUAUUGGGAUUUUUGCUUUGAGGGUUCUUUCCUCAGUGACUUAUUUGUUUGUUUUCAAUGUUGUUGGACUGUAAUUCAGGAGGUUCUCUGGGUCAUGGUGUGAUCACCGGAGGGAAGGAUUCAAGCUGGUGCAUGUUGAAAGGGAACUGAAAAGAAAAAAUUUGAUCUUUCAUCAAUUUGCAGAUCAUUUCAUGGCUAAGUUUUUGUGUUUCAAUGCUGGUUGUUUUGAGUGCGCCGGUGGUUCAUCUUCUAAGAAUUCCGGGAAAGGAAAGAGUCGUGAAGGUAAUAUCAAAUAUGGUUUCAAUCUAGUGAAAGGAAAAGCUACUCAUCCAAUGGAGGACUACCAUGUUGCUAAGUUUGUACGGAUUGAUGGACAUGAGCUUGGGCUUUUUGCAAUAUAUGAUGGCCAUCUUGGGCAUGAUGUUCCUGCUUACCUUCAGAAACAUCUGUUUGCUAACAUAUUGAAGGAGGACUCAUUCUGGACAGAUCCAGGCGGGUCGAUCUCAAAAGCUUACGAGAAAACCGACCAAGAAAUUCUUUCUAACAGUUCGAACUUGGGCCGAGGUGGGUCCACUGCUGUCACGGCUAUUUUGAUAAAUGGGCGUAGAUUAUGGGUGGCCAACGUGGGAGAUUCACGAGCUGUUCUCUCUCGAGGAGGCCAGGCAAUUCAGAUGACAAUAGAUCAUGAGCCAAACAAUGAACGUGGCAGCAUUGAGAAUAAAGGAGGCUUUGUCUCGAAUAUGCCAGGAGAUGUGCCUAGGGUUAAUGGACAGCUAGCUGUCUCUCGUGCCUUUGGAGAUAAGAGCCUCAAGUCUCAUCUUCGUUCCGAUCCUGAUAUUCUUGACAUGAAUAUCGAUGUCAACUGUGACAUUCUUAUUUUAGCAAGUGAUGGCCUCUGGAAGGUGGUCAGUAACCAAGACGCAGUUGACAUUGCUAGAAAAACAAAAGAUCCUCAGAGAGCUGCUGAGCAGUUAGUGGCUGAAGCUUUGAAAAGGGAUAGCAAAGACGAUAUUUCUUGUGUCGUCAUUCGUUUCAAGAACUGAGAUGAAGCCUUCUCCAGUGCAGGACGUAGAGAAAAAGGAGGGGAGAAAAAGAAAAACAGAAUGCAAAAAAAGAAAAAGAAGAAGAAAAAGAGAUAAGAAAGAUUGCCUUACAUGCAUAGCCAUUUUAUGCACAUAAAAGAAAAACCUAGGUCUAGAAUUUAUUUCAACAGAUGAACCCUUCAGGUCCAUUGUCUCAUUAGUGUAAAAGAAAAUUUAUACACCCUUUCAAAAAUAGAGAUCUCUUAUCUUGUAGCUGUCUAAAGUAACUAGUUGAUACUCCCUCUGUACCCCAAAAUAUACUCUACUUUGUUGAGUUAUUUAAUCAACAAAGUAGAAUAUUUUUUCGGAAUGGAGAGAAUAUAAUUUGUAAAUUAUAUCAAUUAUGUAUACUUACCAAAAUACAUCACAUAAGGUCACGGUAAAAAUUGCCUUGCUGCUGGAAAUGCUAUAACAGGC